GAUAUUUUUGUAAAGAUAACAGUGGAAGAAGUUGAUUUAAAUUUAAAAAGUAAUUGUCAAGAUUUUCUAACCUAUAUUCCUUUUUCAAAAUUAUUUUAAACUAAUUAUGGAUUAUUGCAUUUAGACUUGGUUAUUAACCUUGUUUUUUGCUGCUGUCAAAUAAGAACUUAAUAUGCCUAAAAUUCUUGGAAAGUGUGGUUUUUCCAUAAUUAUACUAUAAAAAUAGUACCGAGUACUAUUAGUAGAUUGAUUUAAGUAAGAUAACUUUAAAAAUGUGAGGUAAUAAUAUCUUCCGAUUUGGAUUUAAAAGGAUUAACAUUAUGUCGCUAACAUUAAUAUGGCAAUAAUUUAUAUGGAAGUCGUGGUUUUAAGCCAGGAGGGAGUUCGAGAUUGGUUGAAAUUGGGGUUUGGUUGGUUUUGGAUGGUUUGGGAAAAACCUGCGUGGUCCGUUCGUUAUCAGCGCACCGCGACGCCCGGCGUCGUUUCACCAGUAGCCGGGCGUCCCUUGAAUCUUUCAGUUCGGCGGAACGGCAAGAAACGCGCGCGCGCUUUCCCGAAAACGAGGACGACGUCGCGACGCCGCCGCACAACCCCUUAGCGCUAACCGGGUAAUCGUGCGGGUUUCGUGAAAAAUUUUUUUUACAUUUUUAAUUUUUUUCCGAAUAGAUUUUUUUAAAGCCGCCCAUCUGGAUAGAAUACGGAGGAAAUCACGUGCCAUUGCCGCCAAGCGCGGCAAAAAAGUAAAAUUUUCCGAAUGGACCGAUCAUGAUAGAGGUAUUGAUGAUAUAGAAAGUACAGCAGAAGAUGAGGAAGAGACGACGUCGCAAAAAGUAAACGCCGUUCCAAGAGUUAGUUUAACCGGAAACGAUACUUACAUCGACAUGCCAAAACCGGAUCUAAUGCUGGCUCUUAGCGUACCGGAAAAGCCAUGCGUAGACAAGAAAGUAAAGAGGCACAGCAUCCAUGGGAUGAUGGAGGAGGAAAACGUCAUCAGACCACACCAGGAGAUUGCUCAGCUCUCUUUGGAUGAGAAAAAGUUUCUUCUUGCUGUAGAACGUGGGGAUGUCGCUUCAACUCGACGAAUGCUGCAAAGGGCGGAGGAAACAGGGUACAUAAACAUCAAUUGCGUUGAUCCGCUCGGCAGGAGCGCUCUGCUAAUGGCCAUAGACAACGAGAACCUCGAAAUGGUUGAACUUCUCAUCGAGCACAAAGUUGAAACUAAGGAUGCCCUACUUCAUGCGAUAUCGGAAGAAUUUGUGGAAGCCGUUGAGGUUUUACUUGAUCACGAAGAAACGAUACAUAAACCAGGUGAACCUCAUAGUUGGGAAGCUCUUCCACCCGACACAGCAACUUUUACCCCCGAUAUCACGCCAUUAAUAUUAUCAGCGCACAGAGAUAAUUACGAAAUCAUCAAAAUUCUAUUAGAUAGAGGAGCCACUUUGCCAAUGCCGCAUGAUGUCAGAUGUGGCUGUGAUGAAUGCGUCACUUCAAGAUUAGAAGAUUCACUUCGGCAUUCAAGAUCGCGAAUAAACGCGUACAGAGCCUUAGCUUCGCCCUCUCUUAUCGCCCUUUCUUCAAAAGAUCCCAUUUUAACAGCGUUCGAACUUUCCUGGGAGUUAAGAAGAUUAAGUUUUAUGGAACACGAAUUCAAGUUAGAAUAUUUAGAAUUAAGAAAACAAUGUCAAGAUUUCGCUACGGCCCUUUUGGACCAUACAAGAAGUUCCUAUGAAUUAGAAGUGUUGCUGAAUCACGAUCCUACAGGACCUGCUUUCGAACAUGGCGAAAGAAUGCAUCUUAACCGUUUAAAGUUGGCGAUAAAGUUGCGGCAAAAAAAGUUCGUUGCACAUUCAAAUGUACAGCAGCUGCUCGCUUCGAUAUGGUAUGAGGGACUUCCUGGGUUUCGACGGAAAAACAUGCUUCUCCAAGCUUUGGAAAUUGUCAGGAUUGGUAUCCUAUUUCCUUUCUUUUCCAUCGGGUAUAUCAUCGCACCACAUUCUAUAAUUGGACAGACGAUGCGGAAACCAUUCAUCAAAUUCAUAUGUCAUUCAGCGUCAUAUUUUACUUUUUUGUUUUUAUUAAUAUUGGCAUCACAAAGGAUAGAGAGUCUGUUCUUCAACGAGGCAGUAACCGAUCCGGUACCAACAAAGCGAGGAGCAAAACCUUCAUUAAUCGAAUGGAUCAUCCUGGCUUGGGUUAGCGGCCUAAUCUGGAGCGAAAUAAAGCAGCUGUGGGACGUCGGUCUAGAGGAGUACGUGAGGGACAUGUGGAACGUCAUCGACUUCAUCACCAACGCCCUUUACGUCGCAACGGUCGCCCUCCGGGUCGUCUCUUAUUAUCAGGUUCAAAAUGAAGUGGGUACCAGUGCCGACAACAGUGAAAGGAAGGAUUGGGAUGCUUGGGAUCCAAUGUUGAUAUCUGAAGGGCUUUUUUCAGCCGCUAAUAUUUUUAGUUCAUUAAAAUUAGUCUACAUAUUUUCUGUGAAUCCUCAUCUUGGUCCGCUUCAAGUAUCUUUAUCGCGUAUGGUUAUGGAUAUUAUGAAGUUUAUUUUCUUGGAUGUCUUAGUUUUAUUCGCAUUUUCUUGUGGAUUAAAUCAACUUCUUUGGUAUUACGCUGAAGCUGAAAGACAAAAUUGUCCCGAUGAGAGAAUAACCGGGAAUGCAACCCAAAAUGCUUUAGCUGCUAGUACUGAUACGAAUGCGUGCCAAAUUUGGAGAAGAUUUGCAAAUCUUUUUGAAACAUCACAAACUUUAUUUUGGGCCGUCUUCGGAUUGAUCGAAUUAGAAAGCUUUGAAUUGAAAGGAAUCAAAAUUUUUACACGAUUUUGGGGGAUGCUUAUGUUUGGUACAUAUUCUGUGAUCAAUAUCGUUGUUCUUUUAAAUCUUCUCAUAGCGAUGAUGAACCAUUCUUAUCAAUUAAUAUCAGAACGAGCGGAUGUGGAAUGGAAAUUUGCGAGAAGUAAAUUAUGGAUAAGUUAUUUUGAAGAGGGGGGAACUGCCCCUCCGCCUUUUAAUAUCGUUCCAACACCUAAAAGUCUUUGGUACGUUAUUCAAUGGGUACAAAGAAAGUUUUGUAGUCACUCAAGAGCAGCCAAAAAAGAACAUAUGAGAACGAUAAGGAGAAAAGUUAAACAAGCUAGCGAACGAGAUUUUAGAUAUCAGAGCAUCAUGCGAAAUUUAGUUAGAAGAUACGUAACGGUUGAACAAAGAAAAGCCGAGAAUCAGGGUGUAACGGAAGACGAUGUAAAUGAAAUAAAACAGGACAUAUCAGCGUUCCGAUUCGAGCUCAUUGAAAUACUCAAGAAUUCCGGGAUGAACACUUCGACUGCCCAUUCUGUGAUGGGUUCAGGUGCUGGAGGCAAAAAGAAUCGUCAAAAAGAACGCAGACUGAUGAAAGGAUUUAAUAUAGGUCCUCAACCUUCCACUACAACGGGUCCUCUUCCACCAGUAGCCGAAUUUAUAGCAUCUCUUCAACAACAUCACGACGCACAUCAUCACGAUAUUUUCGGAUCGACUUUAUCAGGAAUUUUUAAUUCAACUCCGAGAAAAAUCCUUCAACAUAGUACGGUGUCAUCUUCGCAAGGUAGUAUAAAUGAGGGUCAUCAUCAUCGCGGGUUGGGUCGUUUACAAAUGAAGCGAACGUCCUCGCAUAAGAGACGUUGGGGGACAUUAAUCGAAGCUGCAAAAACUGGAAAGGUGUCUAGAUUGAUCGGAAGAUCGCGAUCGGAAGAUUCGGUUUGUAACUCGCAUUGUCGAGAAAAUGGACAUAAUCAUUCCCAUAGUAAUAGUCCAGCUUCGGAAGAUAACGCAACGGAUAGCCCGACGGAUUCUAAUCCUAGUUUAGAUAGAACUAAUUGCCAAACGCAUCAUCAAUCGACGACUUCUUCGCAUGAAUCUCAUGGAUUAGCGGCUGGUUUAUCACUUUUAAAGAAAAAAAGGAAGAAAUUUUCUGCGUCGAGAAAUACAAGUCCUAUUGUAGUUCCGCCCAAUCCAGUUGAACAUGCAAUUGCUGUUUGUAUGGGAAAAAGUAAUAAAAAAGUAUCUCAGGUGUUAAAAAGAGCUUCGAGCGUUCCGACACGUGUACCAGAUAUAAACCAUCCAAUGCUUCGUCAUGAUCAGACGCAGUCGCAGCAGGAUUCAGUGGAAUUACCUACAGCUUCGGGUGUACAAACGACUUUAACCCCAUCUACUACCGAGGAGAGUGUAACUAACGCUGGGCAUUCGCAGAACGUUUCAGGAUUAUCCUCUAGGGAACCACUCCUGUACAAUUCCUCUUCCAGCAAUCAAGCGACUGGGUCCUCACAAACACCGGAAGAAGAAUAUAGAGGGAGCAACAAACUUCAAGGUGUUAUUCCAUUGAGCGGACAUAAUUGCACUUCAUCAGGAUGGCUUUAAUUAAAUAAGAUAAAGAGAGGGCGAAGGCGAAGUAGUACAAUUUUUAAAAUUAAGAAUUUUCGACGAAUUAUUAAUUAUUAAUUUAUAAAAAUUGUUGUUUUAAAUGUGAUAUUUUUGUUGGGUUGGGUUUAAAAAGCAGUAUUGUAAAAUUGUUCAAGAAAUUAUUCAUAACGUAAUUUCUUAAGCAAAAAAAUUAGAUUGAUGUUGAUGGAGAUAUUUCCGUAUAAAUAUUUAAGAUUAA